UUACAUUUCGUCAAUUUAUUCUCGUUCUACGGCGACACUGACUGAGUGGAGUCACGCGAACCCUACCCACUCCGAUUCGCCAACUUCUCCAUCGGUCGCCGCCAACUUUACCAAUUCACCAACCCAGCAAGGACAGACAGCAGCAAUGGCGAUUCCACAGCCCCUCCUCCUCCUCUGCCUCCUCGUUUCCAUCGCUUUCCCCUCCCAUCCACGGGCCGUGGGAUCGGGGUUGGCGCCUGCGUCCUCCUCCCCGUUCGACGCCGCGCUGGCCACGCUCCAGACGCAGAUCGGUCACAGCUUCCGCGCGCCGGACCUGCUGCGCCGCGCCAUGACGCACGCCUCCUACUCCCGCGAGAACGGCCGCGCGCUCGCGGUCCUGGGCCUCGCCGCCGCCCAGUCUGCAGCAGCGAUCCGCUCCCUCUCCGCUGACCACGAUGCCACGGCCUCCGCCGUCGCGCGCCGCGCGCGCGAGGCGGCCUCGGAGGCCGCAUGCGCCGCCGCGGGCACCAGCGUCGGCAUCCCAGCCAUCGUGCGCGUCGCAGGCGGGGUCAACGCGUCCGCUGACCCCGUCAUCUGCGGCGCGUUCCGCGCUCUCAUCGGUGCGGUCGCCGUCGACGCCAAUAGCACCGACACCGCCGGGGAGGUGUUCUGGAGGUUGCACGUGCUCACUGCCGCAUCGGCCACCGCUGCUAUGUGAGGCUGGGAUGGACAUCAACUUCCAAAACACUUGUUUGCACUUCAUCAGUGUUCUAUUAGCUUAGUGACUCUGCCGCUGCGACUAGAUUAGUGACUCUGCUGCUGCUGCUGCUGCUGCUGCUCAUCAGUGUCCUAUUUGAUGUUGAGCUGCUACCACGCUCUACUGCUAGUGUACUACAUAUCCAUCCAGGAAUGUCCAAUUGGCUGCAAAUUUGGGUUCCUGACUGCAAUAAAAUGUGAUGGAUCAUGGAACAUGAAUUAUUUCUUCUUCUUC